UUUCGAGUUGUUGCGUUUGUUGAAUGCGCUCGUCUUGUAUUUCAUUGUUUAUUAACAACAACCGGUAUUUCUCCGUUUUCUGGCACGCCAAACGGGUUAAAUUAUUAACCCAGGAGUCAUUAGACGCGUCUUGGCGCGGUUAAAACCGCUCGAGAGUCUGGGAGGACAGUUUUAACAUAUUUGUGGUUCAUAUUCACGCUCACACCCGUAAGAGGUUCGAUUAAAACACGACGAAGGCAUGAGCAAACCGUCCAAACAACCUGCAGGAUGAACCGUGUACAAGUGGAUUUUAAAGGGUUGCCAGCCCACAUUUUGGAGAACAGCAUUGCAGCAGAAAGCCUUCAAUACAUUAGGUCAUCAGACAAUGUUCUCACUCCAUUGACAUUUCCAAAAUCUAAAGUGUCUCUAUGGGAUCCAUCUGCUAAUGGUGAUGUUGUGAGUCUGCAUUUCUCUUAUUACAGAAAUCCGAGACUCUUACUGGUAGAAAAAGCAUUGCGUCUGGCUCACCGUCAUGCUAGACAGACCAACAAGCCUCGAUUUUUCUGUUUUCUGAUUGGGACACUUGCAGUAGACAGUGAUGAGGAAGGUGUGACGAUAACCCUGGAUCGUUUUGAUCCGGGUAGAGAGCAGACGGGAUGUCUUGGAAAAACACCAACCGCUCUGCUCCCUGGAGACAUCCUUGUGCCAUGUGUAUUCGAAGCCCAGCGUGCAAUUGGCAGCACUGUACACUCGAGCGAGGAUUUGAACAUCUCGUUUAAGAUGCUUCAACAUUUCUGCUGCAGUAAAGAGUUGCUGGAGUUGUCCAAACUCCUCACCUUGCGUGCUCAACUCAGCUGUUCUGAGAACAUGGACAGGCUUACCUUUGACCUGUCCUGGGCUGCUGUGACUUUGGCUUGCACGCUAGAUGCUGUCCCUAUUAGGGCUGUGCCCGUCAUCCCUACUGCACUGGCCAGGAACCUCAGUAGCCUUUCAGGUGUGACCCAAAACAACAGGAAACGUGGGUUUCUCACCAUGGAUCAGACCAGGAAGCUUCUCCUCAUACUUGAAUCUGAUCCCAAGGCUUACACUCUCCCUCUAGUUGGAAUAUGGUUGAGUGGGGUUACACACAUCCAUAAUCCCCUGGUGUGGGCGUGGUGUUUGAGGUACCUGCACAGCUCCUCCCUCCAAGACAAAGUUUUGUCAGAGGAAGGCACUUUCCUGGUGGUCCUGUAUUCCCUGACUCAUCGAGAUCCGGAGUUUUACCAGUGUAAGCCAAGCACUGGCCAGCAGCAACUGGGCUUUCAGCUGCUCACAAGCAGAGAGUCAAUCACACUUUAUAAGAAUGUUGAGCCUUCAGAAGGACGACCUUUACAAUUUGAGCUCAGCUCUGAGAAUCAAAAUCAGGAAACUGUGUUGUUUGAGGAAGUGCUCUCACAGUCUGUGUUAACAGGGAUGACUCAUGCAGUAGCAUCUGCUACUGCUCAGAAUAAGCUGUCUAUCAGUGAUCAUGACUCAGGUGUAGAAGAUGAAGACCUCUCUCCUCGACCAUCUCCAAACCCUCAUCCUGUUAGUCAGCAGACUAAACGUGUUCAUCCUUCAGUACCAGAGCUCUCCAUGGUUUUAGAUGGCAGCUUUUUGGAUGGGAGUGUUGUUAAUACUCAAGGCUCAACUCUCCUUCCUCAUAACCAAUCAAAUGUUCAUAGGAGAAACAGUAGCCCUGCCCACCAGGGUCUCUCUGUACUGAGACCUCCAGAACAGGGAAGUGUUCCUGGACCCCCUUCAAUCCGAAGACCACUAACUCCCAUUCUUUCUCAGCCAAAGAACAAGUUACAUCCUAAUCCAUCACAACAAACACCACAACACAGUGCUAGUCAAAAAUCCCUGACCUCAAUGAGAAGAUCAAGAGAAGGCUCUUCAGCAUCAUCAGUAUCAUCUUCAUCCUCUUCCUCAACAAAGAAUGCUUCACCCAAUAGCUCUUUUCAUCAACAAAGGCAGCGUUUAUCUCAGGGUUUCCCAAACAAACCCCAGCUGAUUUAUUCCGGACCUCUAACAUCAGGUCACUGCAGUCCCAAAAAGAGUUCAUCAGUGCCUAGCCAGACCCCUGUCCCUCAUCCAUCCCAACAGAGAAUCUUCCAUAGCACCCCAACUGUCAAUCCUUGCAACUGCUGCACCAACCAUCCCAGCCUUGCUCCCUUAUUUCAAAACAACACCUGGCAAGGGACACCAGGGUAUCCCACUGUUUACAAUCCUUGUGCAUUUCAUUGCAGCCCUGAGACUGUCCCACCUGGGGAUCACUGCCUCUCACCAUCUCGACAGUCUUUGGGAUGUCGUGUGUCUCCAACCAAAAGUCCUGUUUGCCAUCCCACUAUUCCAACUCACUACUCUCCAUCAUCUGGUUCAUGUGUCCCCACAAUAAUCUCCAAUAAAGGUUUGGUUGAGCAAACCCCUUCCUGUCAAGCUCAGUGCUGCCAAGCCCAGGGUAGCAAAGUACCCUGCUUAGACACCCCUAUGGGUCUCCUUCCUGCUGAUGCCUACAGGAUGCUCAUAGAUCAAGAGCGCCAGCUAAAACUACUUCAACUCCAGAUUCAAAAACUCCUUGAGUCUCAAAGCAAGGCUCCUCGGGUAUCACGUGAGCAUGAUGCUCAGCUGCAAAGACCCAGUCAGGUGCCAGCAUCUCCACCUAAACGCACAAGUGUCAGUAUAGCUGUAGGAACAGGGGCUAGUUUGUUUUGGAGCACUCCUCAAGAAAUAUCCAUACAUGAGGCCUCAAGUCUGGAAUGGCAAACUGAGACUGAGCCAAAGUCUGGGUGUCAAAAUGACAGCACAGUCACUUCCAGAGUCAGAUCUGAAAGUGUAUGUCAUUACUCAGAAGAGAACAGUCCAGGAUCUCCUCAGCAUCCAACAUCUCCACAACACAACACGUCGUCUGGUUUUGGAGUCCAAGUGUUUCAGAGUCCGGUGUUGGGAGAGAGUGCAAGCAUGUAUUAUCACUCUCAGUCACAAAGCAAAGAUCUGUCUGAAAACAGAGAAAUUGACAACCCAAGAUUUUACCACGAGCUGUUGGGUCAGGUGCAAAGCCGUCUGCAAGACUCUGUAAUUGUGGAAGAAAAGGUAGAGCAAGACCAACAGAGUGUCCCGAAAAGACAAAGUCUGUCCCCUGUUGGCCAUCAAACGAGGAAACCACAGACAACUUCUUCCAUUCCCCAGUCUCAAAAAACAAAGCAGGCAUCUAGUCCACCAAAUCAGGACCGUGUCUUAAGUGCAACGUUAAAACAACUCCAACAGUUUGGGGUGAACAUAGACUUGGACGCUUCCCAGGAAAAAACAACACGUGCUACUGUGGAGAGUGCUAGUACCCUUGCCUGCAUAAACCCUGAAGCAGUGAUUCCAAGACUAGCUCUUUCCGAACCAGUGGGUGCCAGCAUUUGGGGGCCAAGUGGCAGUGUAGACCUUAGUCUUGAGGCCAAUGCCAUUGCACUGAAGUACCUAAGCGACUCACAACUUUCAAGACUCUCAAUGGGCAGUCAGUCCUCUAGCCCACAUCCAGACCCCAGUGCAAUUCUCCUGAGAAGACCAGCAGUGGAAAAGAGCAAUGUUGGACUCAGUAUCCUGUCCCCCAGCAAUAUGUCCUUAGCUACCUGUAAAUACAUGAAGAAAUAUGGACUGAUUGAAGGAGAAACCAGCAGUGAGGAAGAGCAGGAGGACCACAUCCUUGUAGACUCUGCUCUUGGGUGUUCAGUACAACAUGAAACAUCUAAAACAAUCAGCCUUAGGCAAGAACGUGAAGAACAAAACACAGCCGUUCUAAAAAACAUAACAAACAAGCCAGUCGUCAAUCUCCGUACAUCUAUUGACUCUCAAGAGCAGUUAAUGCAAGACUUGAGGCCUAAAAUGCAGCUGCUUUUGCGUGGUGGGACAAACCCAGAGAAGGAGAAUGCCACAAAUAGAGGUCUGAUUCAACGCAGGUCCUUGCUUACUGAAAACCAGAGGACACAAGAAGUCGUGGAGCCUCAGGGGUCGGUGGGAAAUUUCCUGGAUCUGAGUAGGUUACGGCAGCUCCCCAAGCUCUUUUAAAAUGCAUCAUGGGUGUUUUCCUUAUCGGGUCGUUUCUGUGCAUCAGGGAUUUGAGGGAUUAAUGCAUUCCUCAAAUGUUUGUUUACAUGGUAUACCAUGAUUUUAUUUUAUUUUUUAAUUGCGCUUUUCAUUUAAAGCUUUUACGUAUGUUUUAAUGUCUUUAACUUUGUCUUGUUUUGUCAAACCCAAAGGCACCUUAAAGGGAUAGUUUGCCCACAAGUGAAAAUUUACUCACUUUUUAUUCUCUUUCAAAGUUUUUAAAUUUUUUAUGAGUUUCUUUAUUCUCUUGAACACAAAAGAGGAUAUUUGGAAGAAAUCUGAAGACCGGUAAUCAUUGACUUCCAUAGUAGGAAAAACAAAUACUAUGGAAGUCAAUGUUUACAGGUUUUCAAGGUUUUUCUUUUUUCUUCAAAAUCAUCUUUCGUUCGUUUUUUAUAUUUUGUGCUCCACAAAAGAAAAAAAACUCAAAGGUUUAAAAACUAUUUAAAUUGUGUGAACUAUCCCUUUAACAGGUGCUGUUUCCUUUCAUGUGGAAAUAUUUUUCUUCACCUGAUGACUCCUUAUGUGUCAAUAACUAAGUGCCUUGUAUGAAGUGAUUCACUUAAGGCAGUAUUGUGGUUUUGUACUAUAUUUAAACACUUGUGUUUUGGCAUUACUUAAUGUUUGUGAAGUUGGUGCAAACAUUUCUACGUUUUUUAUGACUUUAUGUACAUGUAGGUGUCUUAUAAAUAAAUUACAUAUUCUUUUAUAUAA